AUGGGUAAUGGGACGACUAGUGGAUUUCGGAUCAAAAUUCCUGGUAAGGCAAGUGCAGGUUAUACUGCACCGAAGGUUUAUGAUAAAUUUAAUGAGAUGGGUGGUCAAAACCCUAAUAACCAUCACCCUAAAAUCAAUUCUAGCACUUGUGGUUACGGGGUUUUUGGUAAAUUUUCGAGAGAUGGGUUUACGGGUAGGGAUGAGAUUGGGAAAGGGAUAGGUGAUAUUGCUAUGAAUAAAAAAGGGGAUAAUGGGAUGGACGAGGUGGUGGCUGCAAUAGAGACAUUAGGAGAGUGGUUUGUGAGAAUAGAAAAAGUCAAGAUGGAUAUGGCGCACGAGGUGGAGCAGAUGCGAAUGCAGAUGGAGUUGAAGAGGACUGAGAUGAUACUUGAGUCGCAACAAAGGAUUGUAGAGGCCUUUGCUAAUGCAAUUUCAGAUAUGAAACCUAAGAAGUCAAAGAAAAUGCCAAUGCCUGAUUGCUAA